ACAGCUGGUUAAACCCAAAUCCAAAGCAGCUUUUAAAUUUGAAGCAAACAUAAUGCUGAAGCGCAAACUGAACCAGCAAAAAGGCAAUCUGGAGAUUGGGGAGCCUACCAAGACAAUCCCUAGGCAGGACAGUACAUCGGAAUUCUUCGAUAAGCCGCUGUGGCUUAAAUUCUACGAAACCGAAGUCGGGUUAAAUGAGGCGUUGGAAAAACUGCCUCCUCCUGAGCGCACCCCGUUCAUCUACAACCCGAUAGUAUAUGCGUCGCAGCUGCACCGCGACUAUUUGCGUCGUUAUAUUGACGGUCCCAAGAAGCUGGUAUUUGUUGGCAUGAAUCCAGGGCCCAAUGGAAUGGCCCAAACCGGAAUUCCCUUUGGCAAUGUGCGCACAGUAAAGGUCUUAAUGCAGCUGGCGGGUUCGGUGGAUCAACCUCCAGUCGUUCAUCCCAAACGUCCUGUCACUGGCUUGGAUUGUCGUAUUGAGGAGCCCAGUGGUGUGCGUCUGUGGGAGCUGUUCCUCCGACUGGCUGGCAACAUGCAGACCUUCUCCCAGCAGUGUUUCGUCCACAAUUUCUGUCCGCUAGCUUUCUUCGGCGCAGAUGGCAGGAACAUAACGCCCAGUGAAAUCAGAGGAACUUACAAAAAGCAGCUAGGAGACCUGUGCUUGCAAGCCCUGGAGGAACAACUAAAGCUCCUCCAACCCGAAGUGAUUGUGGCCGUUGGGGAGUAUGUUCACAGCGCACUAAAGCGUUCAGGAUAUGGCAAAUCCAGUUCCGUUUCGGUGCUCCGACUGCCGCAUCCUAGUCCGCGUUCACCUAAUAAUACCAAUUGGCCCGAGAAGGCUCAAGCGUUUUUGGAGGAGCACAACCUGAUCCGUUUCAUGCGGAAUGAGGCUUGAAGCACAAAUGAGCAAUUAUUUAGAUAGUUUUGACAUAUCUGUAUCUGUAUAAAUAGAUUCAAUGUAUAUAUGUACAUAUAAAAAAAUUACUGCAUAUUCUAUAACUUUACGGC